AUGGCGCCGUCCCAGACCCCAGGGAAGGCGAUGGAGGAGGUGGAGGUGUGGAAGGACAUCAGCCUCAGCAGCCUCAACCAAGACAUGCCCUCCACGCCUCCCCUCUCGCUCCACUACCAUCACGACUCCAAUCCCACGUCCACCUCCACCUACGUCGCCGGCGUCACCCUGCAGGACUUCCUCUCCGGGGCCUUCAGGGUGGCGGAUCCGAUCCCUCCCACAUGCUGCGUUCGCCGCCCCGCCACCCUCAGCCUCGGGUCCGGCCAGUUCCUCGACUGCCUCAGCCCAAAUUCCAACUGCAGCAACAGCGACGGCUCCUUCUCCAGCUGCUCCGCUGGGUCCGCGAUGAUCAGGAACGGGGCCUUCGAGAACGGCGACGGCACCGUCGUCGACGGGCGGAAGAAGCGAAUGAUCAAGAACCGGGAGUCGGCUGCUCGGUCCAGAGCCAGGAAACAGGCUUAUACGAGCGAGCUGGAGAUGGCAGUAGAGCAUCUUUUGGAAGAGAACAGGAAGCUAAAGCUCAUGUACGAGGAGUUGCUUAAGCAGACGAUGGCGGCUCAGCCACCUGCCGCCAAGAAGCGGAAGCUCCAAAGAACCUCAACUGCUCCGUUUUGA